GUGAAUCAGAUAUAGGACAUUACCUGUGUCAGGUGACCGAUGGAGAAAGGACAGGGAAGCUUACGGUACGACUGUGGUGGGAUCCUCUUCGAAGGUUAAGCAGACUCUUUCAGUGUGGUGUCAUUCCCUAUGUUAAUAUCCAGCAGUGGGGAAGAAAAUGGACAGAAGAGGAGAAAAUAAAAAUGGAAGAGUCUUCUCUGCUGACUGAAUAUAAUACAGAUGUUAAAAGCAUCAUGAAGGAACUUCUCAAGAAGCACAGCGCACUAGAGAAAACUGAGCAAGAAUUAAAAAACACCAAGCUGGACCUAAAAAGAGCAACAGGAGAACUGGAAGAUGGUACAGACCCGGACUCGUCAAAAUUGGCGCCUCCAGUCACAUCAUCAAGUUCAGAUUCUUCACGAUUGAGGCUGGUGCUGUUGGGGAGGACGGGGUCUGGGAAGAGUGCAGCAGGAAACACCAUCCUGGGCAGAGAGGAGAGGAACCAGGCUGAUACAUCUACAGAUACAUCUACAUCCACACAGCAGAGUGAGAGCACACAGGGGGAGGUGGCUGGGAGGAAGGUGACUGUGGUGGACACUCCUGACUGGUUCUCUCCCGGACUCUCUGUGGAGAAGCUGAGACAGGACGUGGGACACUGUGUCCUUCUGUCUGCUCCAGGACCCCACGCCUUCCUCCUGGUCAUACCCAUACCUGUAAAGCAGCCUACAGGAGAGGAGCGAGGGAUGCUGGAGACAAUGGAGGAGAUUUUUGGAGAGGGAUGUUGGGAGACUGUCCUCCUCCUUUUCACUGUUUCUGAUGAAGUUCAGAAGAAGAACAUUGAGGAUUUUAUCCAAUCAGGAGACCAGGAAGUCCAGAGGCUUGUAGAGAAAUGUGGGAACAGGUUUCAUUGUCUCAACAUUAUGGAGAGUGGAGAUGGUUCUCAGGUCUCAGAGCUGCUGGAGAAGAUCGAGAAGAUGGUGGUGCAAAAUGAAGGGAGAUUCCACAGCAGUGAGGUCUACCUGGAUAUGGAAUCUGAGAUUGGAAAAAUGAUCAUGUGGGCUAAAGAAAAGAAGAUCGCAAAAGAAGAAAAAGAGCUCAGAGUCAAACUAGAACAGCAGCUCCAGAAUUCUCUGAAAAAGAUAGAAGGAAUGAUCCAGGAGCAUGAAAAAGAUAUCACACAGCUGGACAGUCAAAUAGCUGAUCUGGAAGGAAAAAUUCAUGAAGAAAUGGAUGAUGUGAAAAAAGAGAAACUGGAAGGAGAACUGGAAGGAGAAAGGCAUAAGAGGACAAAGAUCGAGAAUGUGAUUAUGAUACUGAAUGAAAAGAUAGAGUGGGAGAGGAGAGAGAUGGACGAGAGACUCAGACAAAAGGUGGAGGAGAUCAGGAAGGCCUAUGAAGGAGAGGCUGGAAUGGAGGCAGAGAGAAACCUAAUGAAGAUCAUGCUUCCUGAAAUCCAGAGAAAUCUUUUGACCUCUAAAUCACAGAUGGAGGAAGAUUUCAGAGGACUGAUCGAAGAGAAGGAUCGAGAGCUGGAGUUCCUGAAACAGACCCUGGCACAGCUUAGAGACGCGACAAAAGAAUCCAUAUCGGGAAGAGAGGUUCAAGAAGAGUCUGGAGAAAUGGUCUCCUCAAACAAGUGUAGGAAACGUGGUGGGAGUAUAUGAUUGUUGAGACUUUCACUUUGCUUUCACACACAGUGAUGAGUUUUAUGAUGCAAAUCUAUGAUUAAAUCUGACAUAUUUACUGGAGAGAAGAAAUGUCCUGGAAACCAGCCUCAUAUAAAACUGGUGGAAAGGAUUUAGUUGUAGUUACAGCAUGCUUGUCUGUAACGCUUCAUGACAGUAUAUCAGUGAGAGUCUAAUAAUUGUUGUUUAGAAAAGUGAUGAGGCCAUUUUGUGAUGCUGGAAUUGUACUGUAAACUUUGCAUGAGUUAUCAACCUAGGACGUAAAUAAUUAUUAUGUUUAGUAAUGUCAUUUUGUACCGUACACAUUAUGCACCAAACAUAUGGAACACACAUAUCAAUAAACAAUCAUCAGGCUCCACUGAAGAAAAAAAAAAAAAAAGAAUUGCUAAAAACUACCCCAUUUUAAUAUUUAACUACAUUUUAUUAUUUGCCUUAAUUUUACCGGCACAUUACCUUUACAUUACUGUUAUAGUGUUCUUUUAUUCUGUUUUCAUUAUUAUAUUUUAUGUUUUAUGUUGUUAUUUCCUUCUUUCUCACUCACUCACUCACUCACUCACUUAACCACUUUAUCCCAGGGUCCAUCACAGUUUUCUUUUUUCUCUCAUUGAUAAUAUUUAUUGCACUAUUAUAAUUUACUUAAUAAAAUAAUAGUAAUUUUUGGGUUGCCAUUUUUCUUUGUUUCUCCAUUUUUAUUU